AUGAUCAACGAGGGAGAGUUUGACGGUUCCAAGGUGUACAAAGAUAGCAAAGUCUGCAACAUGCUCACGAUGCAAGAAUUCCACAGGAGCUAUCAUGAAGAGAUAGGAGUUACCUUUGCUUCGCUCUACCCUGGUUGCAUUGCAGAAACAGGUUGGUUAAGGGAGCAUGUUCCUUUGUUCAUACUUCUAUUCCCACCUUUCCAGAAGUACAUUACUAAAGGCUAUGUUUCUGAGGAAGAAGCUGGUAAGAGACUCGCACAGGUUGUGAGCGAACCGUACCUUACAAAAUCGGGUGUCUAUUGGAGCUGA